AUGAGGAUGCUAUCCGCGUACCGUGACCCGAUGCAACAUCCACUGGUUCGCAGUGACCCGCCGUCGAGGAAUCGGCAGCCGGCACCGUUCGUGGCGGUGACGGCCCGCGUGCUGACGCUGAACUUUGACCCCGCCCAUGGCCUGCAUGACUACUACCCGCUCGUAUUCGAAGUGGGCAACGUCAGCCUGCUGACCAUGACCAUACACGCGUCCCUGGUCACCAUCUGCAUACCCAGCGGCGAGAGCAUGAGGAACGCGUCCAUGGGUCACUUAGUCGGCCAUCUCUGCAUCUGCGAUGGCCAGAGCUCGUGCUGCUACUCGACCACCAUCGACAAGGCGGUGCAGCAGGAGCUGAACGCGCUGCUCACGUCGACCGCCUCCCACCUGCGCAAGAUCCUCGAGGAACACAAGCGUCCCACGCCGACAGGGGGAAAAAGUAAAAUUAAAGACACGGACAUCGGAAAUGACCCUGGAUCAGAAAGGGCACGCCUGCGCGUGGGCCGGUUCAGCACCUUAGAUCGACCGGAGGCCGUCCGCUUCCCGGACGAGGAGGCCAAGAAGCUGAGCACCAUCUUGGUCGUGCUGUGGGAGCAGUACGUCGAGGCGGUCGCGGGCCGCCAGGACCUGCGGUUCGUGCUCUACGAGCCGCUGCAGAGGGCUCGCGUCGCCAGGCUCGCCGAGGCGUACCUGGUCCUCGACAAGGACUUGGGCUCCGUGUACUACGACGCCGUGGUCGGCGAAGACAUGUACCGGCGGAUGGUCCGCAAGAUCCGCAGCUCAAACUACUUCAAGUCGUUUCCCGUGCUGGAAAUCGAAUGCUGGCCGCUGGACGGCAACCACAAGAACACGCCCAUCAUCUUUGAAGAGCGCUACCGGCCGUUCUCCGCGACAACGAUAAACGUCGAAGGCAAGUUUCAUCAUCAGCCUGGCUACGCCCACUGCAGGGCAAAGGCCUCUCCCAUACUCCUCCAACUACCCCAGUCACGUGCUAAUUGCUACCAUGUUGUCCCUGCAAACUUCUUAAUCUCAUCCGCCCACCUAACUUUCUGCCGCCCCCUGCUACGCUUCCCUUCUCUUGGAAUCCAGUCCCUAACCCUUAAUGACCAUCGGUUAUCUUCCCUCGACAAGGGUUACGAAAAGGGUUCUGCUUAAAUUGAGGACGACGCAACGAGCUAUGGAAAGAAGAAUGGUCGGUGUAACGUUAAGGGAUAAGAAGAGAGCAGAUUGGGUGAGGGAACAAACGCGAGCUAACGACAGUCUUAGUUGAAAUCAAGGAAAAGAAAUGGGCAUGGGCAGGGCAUGUAAUCAAGGCAAGGUUAUUGCCCCGUAAAUGUCAUACGUACUUACCCACGUCCAGGGUGCGUGAGGGCCCGUCUUUGCAAUGCUUCUAUACGGCCGUCUCGUGAUGGUACAAGUUACGCCGCGCAGGUGGGACACGCAGGAACACCAACACGUGACCGUGUAGUGCACACCAAGACUGUGCACUAAAGCAACUGCCCGAAUUCACGAAGCUUCUCGUUCUUAAGCGCGCUUUGCCAUUUGGCCGGCCGCUUUCGCCGGUAUUUCCAUGCGACACGAUCGACUGAAAUUUUCUCUCGCAAAAAUUUCUAGCGUAUAAGAGGUUUCCUUUCUUUGUGUGAAUACAGUGGCGCUAUAACGUAAAGCUAUUCCAAAUGUUUAUAUCCCAUUUCUGCAAUCCUUCCUCCAAGAUGCGUCAAAAAAAAAAAAAAUCCGGCCACACCCUCCUUUAUUCGUAUAUCACGCGACGUCACGAAAAGCGCGAAACUGCCCCUAUCAGCUAUAAUGAGUAUACAUACUCAUGAUGCAUACUUAGACUGAACAAAAGAAAAAUAAUUCCGAUUCUACGCCUUUUUCUUUUUCGCCAUUAGCUCUCCGCUAUUGGUCGAAUGUUGUCGGGCUGCGCCCACUUCGCCUGUCGGUCACGCGACGCCGCUAAACCGCAAAAACUCACCACGCCAAAAUUGACGUGUACACAUUAAAGAUGUAUUAAUACGCACAACAAAACUGAGCUUCUUUUAGGAAUAGCCGAAGGCUGCCCCAUUCCAAAAGGAAUUGUUCCCGCCGAUCACUCCGGCACUGGCUACUCGGAGAUGCCGGGUAGAAUGGAUUUAUUUGUGUAUAAUAAAUAUUUUGCAUGACAGUAUAACGUGGUAGAGCCCUUUCAGCAGGUGUACGACAUCGCUAGAUCUGCUAACUCACCUUCGCUGAGGACCCGUUUUAGGAGGCAUAUUGAUCCUUCCGUUGCACUCCGCCGCAAUUCUCGAUAACUUUCGGUUUUCGAAAUUUCUUCCCCUAUUAGACUGUGCUUGCUGCGGCCAUGAUUCGAACCCACGGCAAUCGCGAUCAGCAGUGAACUGCACAGCCGCUGAGAGGCCGAACAAUUUGCUUAAAGUUGAAACGUUUGAAUGCGCCAGAGUAUACUGUGGCAACUACCAAAUACGCGCCAGGAAUCUCUCCCCGCUCAUAAUCUAUUUCUGCUAAUCUUAUUUGCCCAGACCACACGGAUAGGUCAAUGCAUCCACAAAGAUUGCACGAAAGUUAGAGAAGUAAGUAACUGCUCUGAACCAUUUUUUUUUCUGCACGAUCGAACUAAGAUCGCUCACUUAACUAACCAACGUCCAUUAGCGGAAGCGAACUUUAUACACAACGUUUCCAGUUCUAACGUCCCAGCUGCAUCUGACCUACAUUUCGUUCCCGACGUUUUCUUUUUUUUUUACCAGCGCAACGGUCUUUCGAACUUCCGCUUUAAUUUGCUUUCUGCUCGGCAACAGAAGUUAUCACACAACUGGAAGGGAUUGUGAUAAGAUUUUAUGUUCGUAGGUUCAAGUUAAUGCACAAGACAUUUGUGCGACGAAGGGGUCCUAGUAUCCCGGAUCCUCUUAAUCUUAUUUUUUCUCUUUCUUUUACUGCAGAUACGGAAACUAUUCACUCAUGCAAAUAUAGAUUAAUUCUGCAGAGGCGGCCGACUCAUUUACUAGAGUGCCAAAUGGAAUUAAAACGUACAGCUCAGCAACUACGAAGGAGGCGUGCGCAUGUGUGUGUGUGCGAGGAUUCCCUUGUUUGACCACUGUUGCUUGUGGCGCCUUCGUUCUGUCUUGCUUUGCAAGUCAGUCUGCCAGUCUGUCCGUCCGUCAUUUCCAGUUUAGUGAACAGCGCAGAGACUGAGAGAGCAACUUUAACGGCAGAGAGGUGGAGAGGUCGGUCUGACUGAAGCGCCUCUGUCCUGCAAUCCCGCGCUGGGGUUUGGGGGAGCAACAGAGACAGGAUGAGGAGAUGAAUGAGGGUGGAUAACAAAGUUGGUGAUGGGAGCUGCACACUAUAUACUAAUUCUGUGCAACGCGUACGUGCGCGCUUCACCGCAUAACAUGCGAACGACGAGAGAAGCGGUAUACGACCGAAGACGCGCUGGCUAUAUAGGAUGGCUUUUAUUGAAUUUUUACGUUUUGACAUGCGUGGUCUACAACUCUCCGAGUACUUUCCUUUUCUUUGCGCGUCAUUUACCUGCCCGUCAAGCAACACAUAGAUAUUGCUGUGCUUUCGUGUUGUCUGAUCUUUAACGCUAUGGCAGCGGCG